AUGCCAGCAAGAGUUAUUACACACACAAAGUCCAAGACUUUAAAGCAAUUCACACAAGUAAGGGACUUCACACCGGCCCCAAAGGUGACUUUGAAGGAUGUGAACCAACACGUUGUUGCUGCGCAAUACGCCGUUAGAGGAUUGAUUCCAAUGAAGGCCGAGGAACUCCGUGAGAAGCUCACCAGCGACCCGGAUUCUUUGCCCUUUGAAAGCAUCAUCAACGCCAACAUCGGUAACCCUCAGCAGCUACAGCAACCACCUCUAAGCUUCUACAGAGAGGUGCUGUCUAUCUUGCAGAACCCAAAGCUCUUAGAAACUGAUUUGUACGCCAACGACGUUAAGGAAAGAGCACAGAAGCUGCUCAAUGCUGCCCAGAGCGUCGGUGCUUACUCACAUUCGCAAGGUAUCGCCUAUGUCCGUCACAGCGUUGCACACUUCAUCCAAAAGCGUGAUAACGGCGUGUUUGCUGACCCUUCAAACAUCUUCCUGACCACUGGUGCCUCUGAUGCCGUCAAGGCCGUGUUGGAGGUGCUGUUGACUGGUGAGAAAGACAACGGUGUCUUGAUCCCAAUCCCACAGUAUCCGUUGUACACUGCGGCAUUGGCUCUCAAGAACGCCACCCCAAUUCCAUAUUACUUGAAAGAAGAACAACAGUGGUCCACCGAUAUUGAGCACAUUGAUGAGCUCGUGAAAUCCGCAAAGAGUUUCGGCAUCACUCCAAAGAUCCUCGUUGUGAUUAACCCAGGUAACCCAACUGGUGCUGUGCUGACCCGUGAGGCUAUCAGAGAGAUCAUUGAAGUUGCUGCACAGAAUGGCCUUGUGAUCAUUGCAGAUGAGGUUUAUCAAGAGAACAUCUUUGACGGUGAGUUCUUCUCUUUCAAGUCCGUUCUUGCAGAAUUGCAAAAUGAGCACGCUGAGAAGUUUGAGAACGUUCAGUUGGCGUCCUUGCACUCCACCUCUAAGGGAGUUUCAGGCGAAUGUGGCCAGCGUGGAGGUUACAUGGAGCUCGUGGGCUUCAACUCAGAGAUCAAGCAACUCUUCCUCAAGUUGGCUUCCAUCUCCCUUUGUCCAGUCGUCACUGGUCAAGCUCUUGUAGAGCUGAUGGUUAACCCACCAAAAGAAGGCGAUGAAUCGUACGAACGUGACCAGGCUGAGAGAAAGGCCAUCCACGAUUCCUACAAGUCCAAGGCUGAAGCCAUGUACGAAGCAUUCUCAGAAUUGGAGAACAUUGAGGUUCAAAAGCCACAAGGUGCCAUGUAUCUGUUCCCAAGAAUCAUCCUCAAUGACGUUGUCAAGGAGGUUGCUGAGAGCCAUGGCCUCAAGCCAGAUGAGUUUUACUGUUUGAGAUUGUUGGAGGAAACUGGUAUCUGUGUGGUUCCAGGUUCUGGAUUCGGUCAAGUCGAAGGUACCUUCCAUGUUAGAACCACUUUCCUGCCUCCAGGUGAAGAAUGGAUUAAGCACUGGGCUACUUUCCACAAGGAGUUCAUGCACAAGUAUGCUGAGAUUUAA